UGUAGUGGUUGGUAAAUAAAAGGCGAUAACGCUCACGGAGGACACUGUACUAUAUGAUAUCACACUCGACGGAGGCGUGUUCGUGACAGUUUCCGGUCAAGUGGGUUCCAUUUAUUAGUUUAUUAGUAUUGAUAGUUCACGCAAAUUGUGCGGUAAUAUUGAAUUUUCUUUUGUGAUUAUAAGAAGACAGUGAAAAUGGCUCUGACCAGUUUAAAAAACAAUCUCCAAUUCGCGACUCUAAGGACGCUAUCGUUGGUUUCCAUAAGCGUCAUGUCGCCUCAACAAAGUGUGCAAGAGGUGUUCAGGACAGCUGACUGUGUCUGCUUCGAUGUCGACUCCACGGUUAUACGGGACGAGGGGAUCGAUGAGCUUGCAAAUUUCUGCGGCAAAGGAGACGAGGUGAAACGGCUAACUGCUGAAGCCAUGGGCGGUAACAUGACCUUCCAAGAGGCACUUAAGAAGAGACUAGACAUUAUCAGACCUACUGUCAGUCAGAUUAGACAAUUCCUAGAAGAAUUUCCUAUACAACUAACACCAGGGAUCACAGAACUAGUAAAGUUAUUACAAGAAAGAGGCGUGGUGGUCUACCUCGUGUCCGGAGGCUUCAGAAGUCUAAUAGAACCAGUUGCUGACAAACUCUCUAUACCAAGGAGCAAUGUAUAUGCUAAUAGAUUGAAGUUUUUCUUCAAUGGUGAAUACGCAGGUUUCGACGAGAACGAGCCCACCUCCCGGUCGGGUGGUAAGCCACUGGUGAUCAGAAGACUGAAGGAACAACAUGGUCAUCAGCGGCUGGUGAUGAUCGGUGAUGGGGCAACUGAUGCGGAGGCUUGCCCGCCUGCUGAUGCUUUUAUUGGUUUCGGCGGCAACGUAGUAAGGGAGGAAGUUAAGAAGAGAUCGUCCUGGUACGUCACCAGCUUCCAGGAACUCAUAGACUCUCUAUUGGUACAAACCAAAUGAAUACAAUAGUCUAAGGGCCGAUUUUUCAAUCCUUGGAUAAAAUUUAUCCGUCCAAUAAAGUAUUACAAGAACAUUUUAAAAUGUCACCUGUUAACUGUCAUAUACGAACAAUUAGAAUACAUUUUUGAAAUGGUAGUUUAAUACGUUAAUUGAUGAAUAAGUUUCAACUAAGUAUUGAAAAAUUAGCCCUAAAACAAAUUAUUUUAUAUUUGUGAUAAGUUUUGUGUGUGUGUGAAUUGUGAUGAAAGAUUUUGUACCUGGAUAUUGAAGUAAUUCAGUUAUUUUUAAAUAUGAGUAAAUAAAAUGUUUUUAAGCUUAUGUGACAGUAAUAAUAGC